AUGGCGGCGCUGAGCUGUCCAACCCCGCUGUACGGGCACGUGAGACGCGGAGACUUUAGUGAGGUGUACGAGCCAGCGGAGGAUACGUUCCUGCUGCUGGACGCGCUCGAGGCGGCAGCAGCCGAGCUUGCUGGAGUGGAAAUAUGCCUUGAAGUAGGGUCAGGGUCUGGUGUGGUAUCUGCAUUCCUCGCAUCAAUGAUAGGUCCUCAGGCAUUGUAUAUAUGCACUGAUAUCAACCCUAAGGCAGCAGCUUGCACUCUGGAGACAGCACGCUGUAACAAAGUUCAUAUUCAACCUGUGAUUACGGAUUUGGUUAAAGGUUUGCUACCAAGAUUGAAGGAAAAAGUUGAUCUUCUGGUGUUUAAUCCUCCCUACGUAGUGACUCCACCUGAAGAGGUGGGAAGUCAUGGAAUAGAGGCAGCUUGGGCAGGUGGCAGAAAUGGUCGUGAAGUUAUGGAUAGAUUCUUCCCACUGGCUGCAGAUCUGCUUUCAUCGAGAGGAUUAUUCUAUCUUGUUACCAUUAAAGAAAACAAUCCAGAAGACAUUUUGAAAACAAUGAAGACUGAAGGUCUACAAGGCACCACUGCACUUUCCAGGCAAGCAGGCCAAGAAAUCCUUUCAGUCCUCAAGUUCAUAAAGUCCUGA